CCUCAGCCCGGGGUGGCAAUUGGCUGCGCGUGCACUCACUGCGACUCCCCUCUUGUCUCUCUCUCGAUCCAUUUCCUAUCACGCGUUCUGUAAAAUUGCCUACACACACGCGCACGAUGUGGUUUGCGUGUGUAUGCGUGCACCGGAACCCAAAGUCCGUCGGUGGCGUCGGCAAAUGUGAAGAUUAACGAGGUUAUCCUCCAUUCGACCCGCGGAGAGAGAGAGAGAGAGAGAGAGGACCAGAAAGCACAGACUGCUGCGCCGACCUGCUUGCGUGUCGAUCCGGAAAGAGAGCUUGGCUCUGGCCAGCUGCGUUGUUGGACUGGAUCGAAUUGGACUCAGCGAAGAGCAGUAGGACUAUAUAAAGACAGGAGGGGAAAUAUGAGCGAUAAACGGAUGUCGCGGUGGUAUUUUGGGGGGCUCGCCUCCUGUGGGGCUGCCUGCUGCACCCAUCCUCUGGACCUCAUCAAAGUCCACCUGCAGACCCAGCAGAAGGGGAAGAUGGGGAUGGUGAGCAUGGCCAUGCAGGUAGUGAAGAACGAUGGAGCUCUGGCUCUGUACAACGGACUCAGCGCAUCACUCUGCAGACAGAUGUCCUAUUCUCUAACUAGGUUUGCUAUCUAUGAGACAGUCAGAGACAUGUUGAGCAGCAGUAACCAGGGGCCCAUGCCUUUCUACCAGAAGGUGCUGCUGGGGGCCUUCGGAGGUUUUACCGGCGGGUUCAUUGGUACUCCUGCAGACAUGGUGAACGUCAGGAUGCAGAAUGAUGUUAAACUUCCCCCAGAGCUGAGGAGGAAGUGAGUUCCUGACCAUUUAGACUACAUGAUAUGUUGUUCAUCUGACAAUGUCUAACUCUGUCUCUCUGUCUC